AUGCCGUGGCUCUCACCCCUCGACUCCCCGGCCGUCUCGCCACGGAGCGGAUAUCACUCCAAGCUCACCAAUGGCAUGAACAAUACGAUGGCGGGGCAGAUGCCCCUGGCCGUCACUUUCAUCCCCUCUCUCAUUGACGGGGCGUGCGGCACGCUUCCGAACCCGCGGCGCUCGGCCAUGGAGCGGAUGCGAGGCGACAUGUCGCACGCUCUCACACUGCUCCCGGAUAUGCUGCGUGCGGCCAUGCCUCGCCGGUGGGCCUCGGCCUCUAGGAUGGAAAUGAUGGAGAUGGUCCAGCAUGCUUGCCUCGCAAUGCUUGAGAUGUGCUUCCUCGCUUGUGUUGUCCCGCUCUGGGCAUGUCUCCCUGGUCUGAUGUUCGCGGCGUGGAUGGGCUGCUGCAUGUCCAUGAUCAUGUGCAUGGUCUGGAUGCUGAACGGACGUGGAUCUGCGGGGCAAAUGGUGCGGUCGACUGCGGCUGGUGACUGGAUGAUGGGCCAGGAUAUGGAGGAUGAGCGUUGGUUCUUCGUCGGGGGCGUGGGGGUGAGCUCAAGGACCAUGACCCAGUCAACACUUCCCAUGCUGUCCAAACUGUUCAACAGGACCAUAACAAGCGUCUGCGCGCCCACAUACGGCCUGCCAUUCGACAUGCUCGCCCUCAUCCUGCAGCGGUCCCUCCACACCAUGAUGCCCUCGCCCACGACCACCGCAAUGUACGCCCAGGUGCGCGCCUCCCUCCUCGACCGCAGCGUGUCGCGGACGGUGGUCCUCGCGCACAACAGCGGCGCCGUCUGCGCGUCCCAGAUCCUCCGCCAGCUGUACGCCGACGUCUCCCCGGACAAGAUGUCCAAGCUGGAGGUGUACACCUUCGGCGCCGCGGCCACCGACUUCGUCACGCCCCUCGGCGGCACCGCCGCGUCGGCCGUGGCCGACUCCAAGCGGCUCGCUGGACAGCAGCAGAUGCACGCCGCUGGGGUCGUGGAGUCCCGCGAGCCGCAUAUCGAGCACUUCGCCUUCGUCAACGACCCGCUCGCCAGGAUGGGCGUGCUGCGUAGUGUUCGUGAGGACCUGGAGGGGCGCUUCUGCGGGGGUGUCUUUGUGCUGAACUGCCCCGGUUCCAUGCAUCAUUGUGAGGAGAGGACCGCCGGGAACAUAGCGUCGCGCCCGAUGAUGUCCAUGACGGAUUACAUGUCCUGCCUCUUCCCCCAACAACACCAAGAACAGAGCCACAACUCCCCCGGAAACGUGGAACAGUGCAGCAGCAUCCUGGACUGCAUGAUGGCCAUCGACCGCGACACGGCCGAGAAGCGCGAGUUCGCCGCCAUGGCCAACCAGAACAACUCCAACAGCUCCGAGAAGCGGACCAAGCGGCUCAGCUGGACGGGGCUCGGCGCCACCGCCAACGGCAUGAAGGGCAGCAUGGACGGCGUCGUCGGGCUCGAGAUGGCGCGCACGGGCUGCAGGGAGUGCGAGGGCCACCGCGCCAGGGACGUCAGCAGGCUGGCCAGGUACGCCGGCCUCCACCAGCAGGGCCGCUUCUCCGCGGGCAGCAUGGACAACAGGCGGGACGUCGCGGAGGCUUCUGGCGUCGGGAAGGUGCAGUAG